AUGGCGUCCAAGGCUCAAUCCGACGUGACUCCUGCCCAGGUUGGGUUCGUCGCCAUCUACAAUCCCAGCCUGGGGGCGACGGAUGAGACGAUGGACGACCAGAUCGUCUACUAUGCAUCCGUCACCAUGGACACCAGCAGAUCGAAGCGACGCAAGCUACGUUCUCGUAUGACCAGCAGCUUGACCCAGGAGGAGCGUAACGAGCGCCUCCGCCAAAUAGGCCUGGCCCAGGGGAUGGUUGAGUUUGGGAGGAGCUUUUCGGGUGAGCGGCCGGUCGACACCGUUGAGACGGAGAAGUCGAGGGUCAUCAUGCAUGAGCUGGAGCCGGGUUGGUGGAUUCUUACCUCUAUUGAUCUCACCAAAAUACCCACCGCCCCGGGCAAGCAGGCCUCUUCGGCCGGUUCUGCGAAGGGUGUAUCAGAGGCCGGAAGUGCGCAGGAUAAUUUCGAAUACUCGUCGAAGGACGUGAAACCUGCAGCUUUGUUGCUUCAAGAUCUAUUACGGUCGCAUUGCCUUUUCCUGCUGCAUCACGAUUCAUCUCUCAGUGCGCUUUUCGUGCGGGCAAAGCGUACCAGGUUUAUCGCCUUGCUAAGCCGUUACUGGGAUCGUUUUCUUUCAACUUGGAACGUGAUGCUGCAUGGCAACCCGACCGUGAACGUCUUUGGAGGCAUCAAGCUUGCUGCCUCAGGCGAGCUUGGCGUCGGGGUCGGGGAAGAAGAGAGAGGCAGUGGAGAACGUGAAGUUCUUGAGGGCCUUGUCGGCAGGAUCGAGGGUCUGGUUGACAUUGUCGUCUCCAAAUUUGGCACCUAUGAUCCAGAUGCGCCCGUGCCAGCCCCAUCACAAAGCGCUCCCCUUGCAGGCUUGGCACAAGCGACUGAUCAGUGGCUUGGUACUGGACUGGAACCUGCUGCCGAGGAUGGAGCCAUCUUUCUCGGCACAGGGGCCGUCUCGCGGCACUCUCUGAGAAAUAUUACCCAGUGGAUGGAAGACAUAUACUCCUGGGGAGAGAAUGCGUAUGGCGUUCAUGAAAGCUCCACAUCGACCAGAAAGGCAAAACCGCGGAAAAAACACAACGCACAUGUCGAUGAGGCAGCCUCGGAGCCUGUAAUAUGGCCGCCACCUCCCGUCACCGAGCUAGCCAAACGGUCAAAGCCCCAGGCUGCUUCGGCGAAUACCCCCUCGCCUCCACAACGCCAGCAGGAUAGCUCAGCGGCCGCCACCGAGAACACUAGUGCGAAUCCUGAGCAAGCGGGCGACAGUGAAGGCGUAAACACAUAUGCAGAUUAUUUCAAGCUUGGGUACGGCAAAUAUUGGUCCAUAGGCAGUUCAUCCACACCCAAGGUGGGCGGGACAUCGGCGGAUGCAAAACCUGGGAAUGACAACAAAAUCCACCCGACUGAAGCGGCUUCCAAUCCUCCAAGACCAUCUCUCUCUCGACAUACGUCGGCCGAGGACGACUCUAUUGGGCGUUUCAUCAUUGGGCUGAUGGGCAACAUUGAGGAGCAUGAAACAAGUAGCGAUGGGGAGGUUUCGUGGCCGGACGACGGCGAAAACAACUCUCGCACUAUGCUACGAACCCUGACAGUGGAACUCGAAGAGUCAGAGGACCGGAAGCGUUCGGAUUCACAGACACAGAGGGCCCUGGGUAGCCAGGAUACUGAAUUGGCACAAAACCCGGCCGACCGAGACUGCGGGCGCGAUGAAGGCCAUAGGACGCCAAGCAGUGCCGCGGCUGCAGCUGCUCGACCCGCUGCCUUCAACAGCCAAGAUCCCAAUAAAGUAGAGAAGAUGCGUGUUGUCAUUUAUGUCAACAGGCCCUUCAUGUUUACUUUUUUGUUCAAGUUGCGAACAGAUUCCCUCGCCUGGGACCGCCUCUACAAGUCGCUGCAUUAUCAACUAUCUCCCCUACGCAAGCACUUGCUCAAGUCUACCAUGUACAGGCCUGCAAAGCCUGAUGUUGGCGCAUCCAAGGGCGGAGCAGCUGGUUCGGCAAACGGUGAUAUAUACGAUCUCGUAUGGGACCCCAAGGCCCUCACGGUACAGUCAACUAUACCAACAAUUCCGGAUCCGACAUCUAUAGCCGCAGCCGCCGUUUUGGAAAAAGACUUGCCCAUUUGGUCAAGAGCCGAGGCUAUCAAUACGCACACUCAUAUGCUGAACAUGUACAUAGCCACCCGUGGAAAUCAGUCAGAACUCGAGCGCACAUGCAAGACCAGCCGUGGCUGGUGGGUUUUCUGGAGCCGGAUCAUGGAUCGCAAAGGCUCGACUCCCAGAGUCCAAUCACCUUGGGGAAGCAUAUCCGAAACGACGGACGAUUCGGCCGCGGGGGAAGAAGACACUGAUUCUGGUGGUGCCUCGGACGACACCAAAAAGCAAUUUUAUCCACCGCAACCAGAGGUCAGCAACGAGAUUUUCCUGCUUCGCAAGGCCAGCGACCAUCCCACCAACAUGGCAAAUGCAGGACCUUUCAGGAACGUCAGCGCCUCCUCGUCGACUGGAGGGUGGGCAGACGGCGCAAGCCGGAUUGCACAAGGUAUCGGUAUUGACACGCGCAAGUAUAUCGAGGGCUUGCUGAGCCUAAAUAGAUAA